AUGUCCCAGGUCAUACAAAACCACGUGUUGCGUGUUGGACAGACUGUGUGUGUUUCCUCACAGGAGGAAAGCAAGAGCUUGCACCCAGCAGGGUACCCAGGCUGCUCUGUGCUGCCCAUGCAGUGCACCUACUACUCCACAGAGGGCUGGGCUGACCUGCCAGCCCUGGUGCACACCAGCACACGCCUGCUGCCCUGUGGGGAACUCUGUGGAGGCCACCCUGUGUUUGAGCACGUGGCUCCAAAGGAUAUCCCUUUGGAGAGAUCCACUGCCCGGUAUCAGCCAAAGGAGAACACCAGUGUGGAUCCUGAGGCUCACCUGGGGUCUCCUACCUUGGAUAUAGAGAGCCUCAACAAGAUGAUCCUAGAAAUCGAUCCGACCUUUCAGCCGCUCACAUGCAAGCCGGUGAAGGAUGCAGUCCAACCUGCUCCUCAGGGUGACACUGCUGCCACCAAGAAACAGGAUCCAGAGGCAACAGACAUCAAAUACAUAGAGAUGACACCAGGCAGAGCCACGUGUCCCGAGCGGCUGCAGGGCUCCCCCAGCCCUUCAGGCACACCGUUCUCGAGGUCUCCCCAGGGCAACAGCUUCCUGUCCCAAAAAGGGGGGCUCAGAGGCAACUGCAGCACCAGUGGCAGUGUGGUUUUCUCCAGCCCAUCUGGCCCCACGCCGAGCUGUGCAGCCUCCCCACCCCACAGCACCGCAGCUGAGUGCGUGGCUGUGCCUCGGCAGUGCCGGACUGACAGCAUCUCCUACGGCCCCAGCACCCCCAGCACCUCCCCGGGCCUCGACAACCUGCUGAAGGCAGUGCACGUGGUGAGGGCGCAGCAGAGGACCAGCUGGGUGUCCAUGCUUUCCACCAGCCCUGGCUCGGACACCAGUUACAUCUUUGGAAGCAGCACCUACUCGCUCCACAACGACGACUCGGAUGCUUACCCUGCUGCCUGCCACUCUGCUGACUGCCCGUCCCCUGCCAGCUCCCUGGGCAGCCCCUGCCCACCUUCCCCAAGCGUCAGGUCUCACUCUGGAGAAGCUUUUGGCCUGAGUCCUCACCAGCCCGGGGCAGACUGCUCCACCAAAGCCAACACCUCCCCAUCCCAGAAGGGACAGGCUAGCAGCUGCCCCCCCUCCAUCCUCAACUCCACAGCCGACAUCCCGGUGCUGUUGGUGAACGGGUGCCUGGAACAAGGGGAUGCGUUUUCCAGGCUGACCAGAGCUCAGCCAGCCUCUGUCAAGCAGAUCUCUGCUCCCAGCUGGCCUCAGGGCUCAGUGGCUGGAACAAUGCGCUGUCCCCUCAGGGCUGGGCAGCCGACCAUGAAGUUUGUGAUGGACACAUCAAAAUACUGGUUCAAGCCGAGCAUAACUAGGGACCAAGCAAUCCAGCUGCUGAAGGACAAGGAGCCAGGCACUUUCGUGGUGCGGGACAGCACGUCGUACCGCGGCUCAUUCGGACUGGCCAUGAAGGUUCUCGUGUCUCCAUCCGGCAGCCAGACAGGCGAUGAAAGCAGUGACCUCGUCCGUCACUUCCUCAUCGAGUCGUCUGCCAAAGGGGUGCACUUGAAAGGAGCCAGCGAGGAGCUGUAUUUUGGGAGCCUCUCUGCCUUCGUGUACCAGCAUGCCAUCACGCCGCUGGCACUGCCCUGCAAGCUGAGCAUCCCCACCCGAGAUCUUGCUGAUGGAGAAGACAGCCCUGACUGCGCUCCGGAAUCCCCACUGUCCUUGCUGAAGAAAACUGCUGUGUGCAACGUCUUAUACCUCAACUCAGUGAGCAUGGAGACGCUCACAGGAGCCCCGGCCAUCCAGAAAGCCAUCUCCUCCACCUUCGAGCUGGAGACACUGCCCACACCUACGCUAGUGCACUUCAGAGUGACGGAGCAGGGGGUGACACUGACAGACAUCCAGAGGAAGGUGUUCUUCAGGCGACACUACCCCUUGGCUGCCAUCAGGUUUUGUGGGAUGGACCCUGAGAACAGAAAGUGGCAGAAGUACUGCAAGUCCUCCAGAAUCUUUGGUUUCGUGGCCAAAAGCCAGACAAAUUCGGAGAACCUCUGUCACCUGUUUGCAGAGUACGACACUGUGCAGCCUGCAUCACUUGUCAUCGACCUUCUCUGCAAGCUCCUGCCGGGCCCGUAG